AUGACGACGAAUCGUGUCAAAUUGAAGCGCUUUUACAGCGAGCAGAAUGAAGACAAUAUGGAUGUAUUAAAUCCCUUCACGGGAAAGGAAGAAAACGUGGAGGAGAAAAAAGUAGUUCAUAAAAAGGACGCGAAUAAUUCCAGGAAGAAUAAAUUACGCGUGCUGUCCAAAGGACUGAACAUGAAAGAUGUAAAUAAAUUGGACGAGCAUUCCCAGGGGGGAGAAGUGGAAGUAAGACCGAGGAGUCGCUUGAAAAAAAAAGUAAUCACUGACAGUAGCUGCGAGGAGGAACUCGGAAUAGGUCAAGCAUUUAACAAACGUGAUGUGAGCGAUGCAAUCGAUGCAAUCGAUGCAAUCGAUGCAAGCCAUGCAAGCGACACACAAAAGGACGGUGCAUCUUCUGAUCGGUGUGCUUCUUAUACAAAGACGAUAUGGUCCUCCACAGGUGGGGAUAAUAAAAUUAAUGAACGCCCCUCGAGAAUUCGCACCAGGGGGAGAUAUGAACGGAGUAAGGUAAUCGAUACCACGGAUGAGAGUAAACACAGCCACGAGUUAAGCAACUCUGAUGAUGGAGUGAGGGGUCCCAGGGGGGGGAAGAUGACGAAGAGGGGCAUAACAACUUCUAGCAGCCACAGGGGUGGCAACACGCUGGAUGAGAGUAUCCUGAAGGAGAAGCAAGGGGGAGUGUUCAGCAUAUGCUCACGAAGGGGGAUGCGAGGCGCUGACGACGAGGAUGAUCAGUGCGAACGGAAUGAAAAAAAUAAAAAGGGAAGAUCCACUCGACUCGCUGAGAAGCCUCGAAAGGAGGAGGGCCCAAACUGGGGAAGAAGCAAAAGUAGAAGGAUCCUACACAUGGAUGACAGAUCGGAGGAGGAUCAGCGCGACGAGAGUGUUGGCACAUCUAAUGAGGGCGAUGAUGAUGUACAGUACGAUAGCAGCUACGAUGACGAGAAGAAAAAGCGAGACAGGAGAAGGCAAGCCCUAUCGAAAUUGAGAAAGAGAAACAAGAGUGCCACUGCGAAAGAUGAAGAAAGCUUCAAUGAGGAAAACUCAUACGAUAAUUAUGACCACUCCAGUUUUUAUGUAGAUGACGAUGUGAACUCGGACGGUGAGACGAACAUAUCGUACGAAAGCGGAAACGAAAAUUUCAACCAGUGUGACGAAUAUGCUUUACACUUAAAAAUUUUUAAUGAGCAAAAUUUGGGGAACGAUACGAUUCAAUUCAAUUCGAUAAGUGUGAAGAAAUCGAUCAGACGGUACAUUGAAUUUACGACUCUGUCUCUACUAUCGCCUAGCUUAAAAUAUGACGCCAAUUAUUUCAAAGCAUCCGAAAAUGUGAAAAGCGUCGAACAGUCACUGAAGGUGAAGUACUCAAAUAUUCACAAAGAAUUUGAGAAGAAGAAUUCCCUGGAGGAGUGCUACAAUUACUAUGAUGAGGUCUGUGCGGAGGAAAAGGAGAGUAAUGAGAAGGGUGGCGAGGAAAAGGGCGACACGAGGAAGUCCCUGGACAGCGGCGAGAAGGUUAAGCGGGAAAGGAAAAACAAAAAAAAAAAUGUCCUAAGUGACAGCAGCAGUCGUUCUCCUGAUUGGAAGGGGAUCAGUGACGCGAGUGGAGAGAAAUGCGCGCAUAGGGGGGAAGAAGACAGCUAUGCGGAGUGCAAUGAGGAGUACGAUGAGGAGUGCGAGGAGGAGUGCAAUGAGGAGUACGAUGAGGAGUGCGAUGAUGAGUGCGAUGAUGAGUGCGAUGAUGAGUGCGAUGAUGAGUGCGAUGAUGAGUGCGAGGAGGAGGGCGAUGAUGAGUGCGAGGAGGAGGGCGAGGACGAGUGCGAGGACUAUUACGACGACUACGACUUCGACUACGGACGGAAGGCGAAGAAAAAGGUGGCGGAGCAAAUGAACGACAGUGUCAUGUACAAGCUGCUGAACAGAGACAUGCUGAAAAUAUACGAGUUCGUAAAGAAGGAGGAGAACUUUAGCAAUUACGAUUUUUUGAAGAUGAUUUGUAAAAUCAGCAAAAACAAACCGAGGAAUUAUUAUGAUCACUGUGUGCAAAAGAUCGAGAAAAAAAUUCUGUCCAAAAGAGAUCAGUUUGAAUCACAUCCUUUUGAAACAAAUUUUAAAAAUAUUUUAAAAAAUUACGCAAAUAUAUUCACAUACUAUCUAGAGUACAACAAAAUUCACUGCUGCUGUUGUAACAGAAAAUUAAGUUACGCAUGUCCCGUUUUUUUCAUUAAACCUUUUUACAAUUCCUCCGACUUAUGGGAAAAUAGCUUUUUUAAUUUUAUGAAAGUAAAUCAUUUUGAAUGGCUCGGAAAUGAGCAUUUCCUGACUUUUAAAAAUCCGCUCAACAAAUUAAAUAUGAGAAAUGAAGAUGAAUAUAAAAUGAAAAAUAUUAAACAAUCCAAUAGGUUAUUUAUAAAAAAUCAAAACGAAAAGGAAAAAAAAAAAGUACUCAUACACAUUAACAUAAAUCAUGCGGAUAAUCACCCCGUUGCGAAUAACGACGAAUGCAUCAUUAGCCACUUGAGGCAGAGUGAAGAAGUGAGUGCCUUUAAAUAUACUGGUAAUUUUGAUGAUAAACGAUUGAAGAAAAAAAGGAAAGGCUUUAAAUUUAAUUUCGAGCAUCAAUUUAAGGCCACUGAAUGUAAGGAAAAUAAUUUGAAUAUCCUCAUGAAAGAUAUUUGCGAAAAUUUUUGUGACCUUUCUGAGAAUUAUAUUGAGAAGGACAUCCUGGUUUUGCAGCUUGGGUCGUACUGUGUUUCUGCUGUAUACUAUUGGCAUGUAUUUCAUCACUACAAAUUUUUUUUCACCAAAUUUAUUUACUUGCGUCUGCUCGACUUGUACAAGAAGAGCAAGGAUUUGUUUCGCGAGCCGUUGCUCCUCGCUUACGUGCUGUCCAAGCGGCUCAACAAGGACCUGUACCGUGACUUUGUGAUUCUUAUGAACAUCGACAUUUCGCAGAUUCAGCACAAGCUCAACGAGUGCGACUUGUUUGUGCGCUGA